AAAGCCUUGUUGCAGCCAGUUCUCCCUCCACUUGGAAUUAAGGAUUGCUGCAUGCACUUCCAAAUCUGAAUUUUAGGAUAUAUUUUCCAUCAGUUAUGGCUCUGGUGAAAGUUAUCCUCAUCCUCAGUCAGUUUCUCACAUUAACGAAGACCAUAAAUGUCAGGUUUUUCCCAUGUGAUGCUCUGGAGAAUGCCACCAUAGUGGACUGCUCCGACAGGCCUUUACAGUACAUUCCACACUUCAAAGAUACCUACGUGUCGUGUCUCAAUUUGAGUAGGACCAGGAUACAAUAUGUGGAGGCUAAUGCAUUUGCAGGUGUUCCAAACCUUAACAUUCUGAAAUUAAUGGACAAUUGUCAACCAGGUAGAAUGAGAGCCCCAGAAGGCCGCUUGUGCAAAAUGGAAAUGCACCCUGAUGCUUUUGUGAGCCUGCAACAUCUUACGCAUCUGUAUCUCUCAGGAAACGGCCUCACCUCAAUGCCGCAGUUACCUGAAAGCCUGCAGUUUCUGGACCUACAGAAUAAUCGCAUUGUCAAUAUUAUUGAGCCUUUAAAUUCUCCAAACCUUGAAACACUGCUUCUCUCCAAGAACUGCUAUUAUGCAAACCCCUGCAAUCGGUCAUUUUACAUCAAUGAGACUGUUUUCAGAGAGCUUCCCAAACUCAAGAAUCUUACACUGGGAUAUAAUAAUUUGACAACUGUCCCUAAAGGGCUGCCACCCUCACUGAAGAUGCUGGAUUUAAAAGAGAAUACAAUCACAGAGAUAUUGGAGGGGGCAUUUUCUAACCUGACGGCCCUCAAGUAUCUGAAUUUGGAGUGGAAUUGUCAGCGUUGUGACCAUGCGGCGAGGCCUUGCUUUCCUUGCCCACAAAAUCUGCCUCUGCAAUUACAUCCUAACUCGCUGUAUUCUGUGAACAGUUCAAUCACCUUCCUAAGCUUACGGGGGAAUUCUCUGAAAAAUAUCCCUGGUGGCCUUUUCAUACCUUUGAAGAAUUUAAAAAGAUUGGACCUCUCUGAUAACCUCCUGGCAUAUGCUAUACGAAACGGCACCUUCUUUGGAGAGCUGACAGGCCUCACUUGGAUUAGCCUUAUUUAUAACUACGAACCACUAAUGACAUUUCCAGACCUGGUCCUCUCCCGUCACAUAGGUCGUAUAUAUGGUCUUCAGUAUCUUCUGCUGAGUGGUAACUUUUUUCACAGUGUUUCGAAAGAAAGCUUUUAUGUUCUGUCCAAACUUAGAAAUCUGAAAAAACUGGAGCUGAGAAUGAACUUCAUUAGUAAAUUUAACUUAACAUACCUCAAGCAAUUAGAAUCUCUCACCACCAUUGACCUCUCCCAAAACAUGCUUAAUUUCCUUCCGUGCUGCUCAAAGUCAUCAUCUGGGAUUGUGGUACAAGAAAGCUGUGAGAACCAGAACUUUUAUUCAGAUCAUUUUUCAGACCAACCUCACAUUGUGAUUGAUCGAGAAACAACAUCCAGAAGUUGGAUCUUUAUAAUAAAAGAGCUCAGUGAACUUAACUCCACUCUAAAGGUACUGGAUCUUAGUUACAAUGACUUUCAUUUCAAAAUGAGGGGCAUGGGCCAUCGCUUUGAGUUCCUUAAAAACCUAAAUCACUUGGAAGUGCUGAGUCUGGCAAACAAUGGGGUUGGGAUGCGAAUCGAUCAAAGACUGAGCAGCAAUUCUUUGAAGUAUCUCUACUUUAACGGAAAUUAUCUGAACAUCAUGUGGGACUCUAAUAACAACAAGUACAUCCAUUUCUUCCAAAAUCUGACAAAGCUAAUUUACCUGAACCUGGCCAACAAUAAUCUGGUGACACUGUCGGCAGAAGUGCUAUCUAACCUCCCGAAAAGUAUUAAGGGCCUCAGCAUUAGUGCCAAUUUACUGAGAUAUUUUCCCUGGCCAAACAUCUCAGCACUUUGCCAUUUAUGUCACUUGGACUUAAGUCGCAACUUCCUGUAUCAUUUGCCAUCAAUACCGAUACAAUUUGGGCCCAAUUUAACCCUUCUAGACCUCAGUCAUAAUCACAUAACUUUUAUUCCAAGGAAUGUCUUUGAUGAGGCAAAGUCCUUGCAAUAUCUGUAUCUAAAUCAUAAUCAGAUCAAAGAGUUACAGCAUCAGCAUCUCCCUGCUCCCUUUCAAAAUGGUAGUGCUCUCCAGACGCUCACUCUGCAUGACAACCCCUUCAAAUGUGACUGUAAUACAUCUUGGCUUGCUGACUUUUUGCGGACUACUUUGGUGCAGAUUCCUCAAUUGACAACACGUGUGCGCUGUGAAUUUCCAGAAUCACAAGGGGGCAAGAUCCUACUUUCCUUGGACCAGCACUCCUGCCAGGACAUAUAUGGCAGCUUGGCUUUCCUCACCUGCUCCUUCUUGACUGUGAUGUUUACUGUUCUUCCUCUACUGCAACAUCUCUAUGGAUGGGAUUUGUGGUAUUGCCUGCAAGUGCUCUGGGCAGGACACAAAGGCUAUUCCCAGCUGCCUGGUAAUGAUUCAUGCCAUCACUAUGAUGCUUUUGUGGUGUUUGACACCGGGAACCAGGCUGUGAGAGACUGGGUUUACAAUGAGUUGACUGUCAAUCUGGAGAACUCUGGCCAUAGGAGAUUUAGCCUCUGCUUGGAAGAAAGGGACUGGAUUCCUGGGCUUCCCUGUAUUGAUAACCUACACAACGCUGUCCACAGCAGUGUGAAGACAGUGUUUGUGCUGGCCAAGGGUGCAAACGGAUCGGAGACUGUAAAUGGUGUGAUGCGCCAGGCUUUCUUCAUGGUUCAACAGAGACUACUGGAUGAAAAGGUGGAUACCGCUGUGCUGGUUCUGUUGGAUGAGAUGUUUCCAAAGCUGAAGUACCUCCAGCUGAGGAAGAGAUUAUGCAGCAAGUCUGUGUUGUCCUGGCCAAGAAACCCAAGGGCUCAACCCCUUUUCUGGAAUCGAAUGAGGACGGCAUUGUCUUUAGAUAACCUUAAGUUUUAUGACAGCAAUAUGACUGAAAGUUUUAUAUGAUGUUACUUUUAAUAGAGAGAACCAUGUUAGAAUUCUCUAUUGACUUUGACUUUGCAUAAUUUUGACAAACUGAUUAUUUCAUUAAUGACACCUAUUGGCUUUUUUUCUAUGUAGUUUUACUUUUUGAGACUAUUUUGUUGCUGUGUCUGAAAAUGUAUUUCAUUAAGUGCAAACAUGUUAAUUACAGGUGAAAGGGCUUCAUUGAAACUGAUGUGGAACUCUACAAUUAAACUUGACUUGACUUGAGUAACUUAAUUUUAUAGACAUUACAAAAGAUCACAGUAAUGCAGUGAUUGUUCCUUUUGAACACCCCCACACUGAAUUUUCCUUUUCACUUCACUUUGGUUUGGCAGUAUGAGGAAUUGAA